GCGGGAAGGGAUCGGGGCAAAAGGCAAAAAGGAUAAGCAUUUUUGCUGAAAAAUUACAUAGCUACAGCGACUAAACUAAUUGAAGUGUUUUUGAUGUGUGAUUAAAAAACAAUUUGCAGACCACAAAUCACAUGAUGAAUGGGUCACGAAUAUGUCGGAUUUUACUUUAUUUUUUGUUUUUUCGAGCCACGCUUUGUCAGCGGAGUUAUUUCGAUCCGAAAAUAAACAUCACAGAGAUGUUUAUGAUGGGCGACGAUGUCAAUAAUGGCUUCAAUAUGAACGACGACCAAAUUGUAAAGUUCAUCAAGCCUCUCGACAGGGGGCCCUACUUCGAUACAUCAGCCACCAAGAAUGUGACAUCAUUGGUGGGCAAAACGGGGCAUCUCAACUGUCGUGUCAGGAAUCUGGGCAAUAAAACGGUAUCCUGGAUACGGCACAGGGACCUUCAUCUUUUGACUGUGGCUGAGAGCACGUACACAUCGGACCAAAGAUUCACUUCAAUCUACAAUAAGCAAACUGGCGAUUGGUCUUUGCAGAUCAAAUUUCCCCAAUUAAGAGAUUCGGGAGUUUACGAGUGUCAAGUUUCAACGACACCUCCUGUUGGCUAUACAAUGAUAUUUUCAGUUGUUGAGCCCAUCACAAGUAUUCCGGGAGGUCCCGAGCUAUACAUUGAUUUGGGCUCCACAGUUAACCUGACUUGUAUUGUGAAGCAUCUUCCGGAUCCACCGCUAAUGGUGCAUUGGACCCACAAUAAUCAGGAGAUCAACUACGAUUCACCUCGAGGUGGAGUAUCAGUUAUUACCGAGAAGGGUGAUAUAACCACAUCAUAUCUUUUAAUACAACGCGCCCAAAUAUCCGAUUCUGGCAGAUAUUCCUGCAUGCCAUCGAAUGCAAAUGCCAAAUCGGUUAAUGUCCACAUUUUAAAUGGAGACCACCCGGCCGCGGUUCAAGGAGCCAACUCGUUUGUCGGGCUUAGUUUAAAUGCGCUAGUUUUUAUAAUGGUUUUUGCACAUGUAUAAGAUUAUUAAAUAAUUAUAAACGUAAUUUUAUUGUAAAUAUAUA